CCGCCCCGCCCCCGGGUUCCGUUGCUAGGGACUCUUCAGGUGGGUGAAGCCAUGAUGGAGCAGGAUGACGGGUUGACGGCCUUAGACAACAUCGUCACCCAGUUCAACACCUAUGAAGACUUCCUGGACUCGCAGAUCACCACGGUGGACCUGUACUACCUGGAGGAUGAAACCCUGGCUCGCCAGCUGGUGGAGCUAGGCUACCGAGGGACGGGAGAAAUCGUGAAAAGGGAAGAUUUCGAAGCAAGAAAGGCAGCUAUAGAGAUUGCAAGGCUAGCUGAAAGAACACAGAAAAAGACACUCGCAAGCGCUGGUAAGGAGCUGCAUGACAACUUUCUGAAGGCCCUAGCAAUGAGAGAAGAAGAUAAUCGCAAUGGGAAAGUGAGUACUGUGAUCUUCAUCCGUGACAAAAACUCUCAUGGGCAAGAAGUGUCUGGAUAUAUCGACUAUGCCCACAGACUAAAAUCUGAAGAUUUUGAAGCCUACUUUAACGGAAAAAAAAGACUUCUCCCAAGGACCACAGAUAUGAGCUUUUACAACUGGGACAGUCAUAUUGCUGUUUGUAAUUCAAGUCCAAAUUAUCAAGUGAUUGCUGACAACCCUGAAGGCUUACUUUUUAAAUUUAAAAGAGACAGAAAAAUUCUCAACGUUGACCCAAAGGUUCAGCCAGGUGACAACUCAACUAGAAUCUCCAUCCAGACGGAACUCUAUACACAUGCUGUUCUCUUUGACCACAUUUCCAGAAGGAAGACUUAAGCACCCAUAGCUGGUUGCAAAAGUCCAUGGAGGAGAAUCUUGCUGCCACUUCAAAGAUGUGCUAAUUGGUGACAUAUUUUGUAGCUCAGAUGUUCCAAAACAAAAAUGUUCCAGGUCCCACUAUUGCCAAAUCUAGUGUACCAAACAUGAUGCCAUGUGGCAUUGCUGGCUGUGCUGGCCCCUCAAAUUGCUGAAUAUUGAUAAGGAGCCUCCAACUGGAAGCCUAGAAGAGAAAAACUUACAGGGUUUUCAAUUGCACUGAAUGAGUAAAUAAAAUCUGAAAUGUUCCAUGAGAUCGUACAAUUAGGAAGCGAAUAAGAGUUAAACAUCCCUGGGAGACUUUAGGGAAAUGAAGAAAAGCUUACAUGUUUUUCUAGGGUGCCCUGCAGAUGCCCUUUCUGCAGAAAAGACCAUCCAGGAGUCCUUUUAUUUUAAAUUAGCAUUUGGUCCUUAUGCCAAUUCAAUUGUUUUCAUUUUCUUAAUCAACCUCAUAGUGAAGCAACUAAGUGGGAUCAAGCCAGUUAGGAAUCCGCUCCUGCUGAAGUGUGGGGCUCCCAGAGCAGAAAGGUCCCAAGCAGGUGAGCAAUGUGGAACUGUUACAUUUUGUUAUAACUUUCAAGUUGAGAAAAUUUAAACUCUCCAAGGAAACAAACCUGCCAGAAUAUGUACGCUGCCAUCUCCCGAGAGGCUUGCCUGAUGUGGAAGGACCAAGCCUGGGUGUUGAUUAUAGGUGCCAUUCUGAAAUAGGCUGAUACCCCACCUCACACACACACACAUACACACACACACACACUGACUGAAAAAUGACAAAAAUAUGGUCUUCAGCCCAGAAUGUCAAGCGUGUUGAUUGAGCAGACUCUCUCGGUUUCCUAACUGCAAACGUAACGUGACCAGGGGCAGUGACAUCUCUGCCAUGAUAAAGCUCAAACUGUGAACCCAAGUAAUCCUUCCUUCCUUAAGUUGCCUUUGUCUGCGAUUUCAUCACAACAAUACCGAACUAAUAUGAAGAUUAAAUUGGAGUUGGGUGUGUCUACGCCAUCUCUGUUUUCAAUGUAUACACUAUACACGGCAGAUAAAAUAACGCAGUGCGUACAGGCGUAGCCACAGGACUCAGUCAGUGUGUGAACGUGCAGCCAUCUGACUCUGUCCACACAGACAACCUGGGAGCUGCAAUCCCGAGUUCCUCAGCACCACCUUUCAUGAAAAUGAACGGGGAUCCCCAGGAAACAAAUGAUUCUAGAGAGGGGACGGUCUUUGCCAGAGAGCAGUUAGUGGGCAAGAUUGAUUAAAAGGACACAGAUCCUGAUUUGAAGGAAUUACCCUUGGGAAAAUCUGAGAGAGCUGAGCAUUUCAAUAACGACAGCAUUAGGAACAAGUGGGACCCUCCCCUCAGUGUAUGGACCACAGAGGGAUAAAUUGUAAGUCGGAUGAGGAAAAGGAUGUUGCAGAGUACCUAUCCACAGAUACAUGCUGAUUGCUAACUGGAACAGUGGAACUGGAUGACUGACAUCACCUCAGCCCAGGAUCAAAGAGCAUGUCAUUGAUGAUUAAGGCCAACUGUAUUUAUGCUCCCCCAGUGCAGAUUUACGUCCGAACCAGUCAGCUGCCACAUUUGCAGGCAGACUGGCAGGCCUUACCUGAUGUAACAGAUUUGAUGCACCCACUUGGUAACAGCUCUGCCCACGUUGCGUAACCUCUAUCUAAUCAAGACAAAACUUAGAAGGAGCCAGUCCUGGGAAAGUAUGCAAAAGAACGGCCCUUUAAUGUUCAAAUGUUCAUAUACUAAGUAAAGCCCGAGAAGCUGUCCCAGGCUGCCGGAGUUGGAUCAUAGCCUAGCCUAUAAAGGAAGUUAGGGGACAACUGGUGGAAACUAAGUUAUUUAUGAAGAUGAAAAGAUAGUAAAGUAAAAAGUGUUUAUCUGCUGUUUGGGGCCAUUAUUUUGUGGUUAAUGAUACAAAACCCAUAACUAUAGGCAAUUACACUAAAGCAUUUGAGAGUCAAGGGACAUGGUGGCAGCUCCUUGUUUAUAAAUGCUGUAGAGGAAAGGUUUUGUUCCAUCCUUGAAACUUCUCUGAGAUUGUUUUCUUUCUAAAUUCUUGCGAUGUUAAUUAACUUAUUCUUAUGGGAGGUGGGAUAUUUGUGUACCACAGCUUAGAGACGACAAGAACAAUUUGCGGGAACAGUUCUCUUUCCACUUUGUGGUUCUGCAGUGAAAACUCAGGCCUUCACAGCUGGCAACAAGUGCUUUUACCUGCUGACCCAUUUCCCUGGC